AUGCCUCCUAAAAACUCUGGGAAAGAAAAGCUCGUCGAAGACGAGGAUGAAGUCCUACAGGCCGUGAUACUAGCAGACAGCUUCGACAAGCGAUUCAAGCCGCUCACCGCGAGCCGACCAAGGUGUCUACUACCUAUCUGCAAUGCACCUUUGCUCGACUGGACGCUCGAAAGUCUUGCUCUUGCUGGAGUGCAGGAAGUUUUCGUCAUCUGCCGUUCGUUCGCGGAUGAAGUACAAGAGGCCAUAAAGAAAUCGAAAUGGUCACAUCCGAGCUCUGGGAUGAAAAUCGUGCCCAUCAUCACGGCCAAGGAGACGUUCUCGCCCGGGGACGCGAUGCGCGACAUCUACACGCAUGGAAUCAUCACGAGCGACUUCGUGCUCGUGUUUGGCGAUCUGGUGAGCAAUGUGCGGAUAGAUGAGGUGGUGAAGGUGCAUAAGGAGAGAAGGAAGACGAAUAAGGAUAUGAUUAUGACGAUGGUGGUGAAGGAGGGAGGGGUGAGGCAUCGGACGAAGUCGAGAGGAGACUCGGCGGUCUUCGUUCUGGACGCUGAUACGUCAGAGUGUCUGCAUUACGAACCUAUGGCGGGAUAUCCACCCAAGCACAUCGCUCACAUACCGAGGGAGAUACUCGAAGAGCACUCAAAUAUUGAGAUUCGGAACGAUUUCAUUGACUGUUCUAUCGAUGUCUGCUCCGUCGAGGUCCCUUCGUUGUUUCAGGAUAACUUCGACUAUGGCGAUAUUCGACGUGAUUUCGUCUAUGGCGUGCUUUCUUCGGAUCUUCUCAUGAAGAACAUCUACUGUUAUGUCGCGAAGGAGGGAUAUGCUGCCCGAGUGAAAGAUACGAAGAGUUAUGAUGCCGUCAGUAAGGACAUCCUUUCCCGUUGGACGUUCCCUUUGGUUCCAGAUGACAAUCAUCCUGGAAAGCAUCUCUACGAACAUCUACGCGGCAACAGGUACAUGCCCAAGGACAUCUCUGUCGUACUGUCCCGAACGUGCAAAGUCGGGAACAACACUCUCAUCGGCCCCUCCACCCAAGUCUUCGCCGGCGCGCAAAUCACCGCAUCCUCCCUCGGCGCCAACUGCUCCAUAGGCGCAAACACCAUCAUCCGCAACUCGUACCUCUUCGACGGCGUCGUCGUCGGAGCGAACUGUAUCAUCGACUGUAGCAUCAUUGGGGCCGGGGUCGAGAUCGGGGAGAGCAGUCGGGUGGCGAGGGGGUCGCUUGUGGCGGAUGGGGUGAGGCUUGGGCCGGCGGCGAGGUUGGCUAAGUUUGAGAGGGUGUCGAGGAGGAGACAUGUUGAGGAGAAGGGCGGGGAGGAGGCGGAUGAUGAGGAUGAAGAUGAAGAUGAGGAGGAGGAGGAAGAGGAAGAGGAUAGCGACGACGAUUCAGAGAUUGAGGAAGCUCGUGAAAAUCAAGUCACGCUCGCUGCAGGUCUCAGGACGAACUCCAACGGGUUUGUCUGGCCAAGAAAAUCAGCACAAGGAGAAGACGAGGAGGUGGACGAGCUAGAGUCGUUCAAUAACCAACGACUGGUGAGACUAGGCAAUCACUCUGACCUCGAUCUCUCCGACCCCGGGUCCAUCACAUCCUCAGACGAAUCCGACGCUUCCGAGGACUCUCUCCACCUCGGACACGCAUCCCCAUCCUCCUCAAGCACCUCUCUAGCCACCAACCUCGCAGCCGCGGCCGUCUCCGCCGGUGCCCAAGCCGCCGAACACGAAUUCCAAUCCGAAGUCCGUCAGUCGCUCGAGCGUGCGUUCACGGAGGGCCACUCGGUCGACAACGCGGCCGUCGAACUCAAGACGCUCCGGAUGGCGAGUAACGUGCCUCUGACGAAGGUCCGCGGGGCGGUCAUUGGGAGUGUCGUGGAGAAGAUCGCGAUCGUGGAUGGGGCUGUAGAGCAGCGUGGGGAGAUUAAGCGCUGGAUGGAUAGGUGGGGAGAACUCAUCAAUAAGAUUGGUGGUAUGGACGGCGUCGAGACCGUUGAGUUGCUACAGGCACAUUGUGCUGCCUCGGAGCGCAUGCCACUAUUCGGGCAGAUUCUGGCGGCGAUGUAUCAAAAUGACGUGGUGGACGAAGACGAUAUUCGGGAGUGGCAUGCGAAGCCAGCGUCGAAGGGAGAGGGUCUCAAGGAAGGCGAAGUCCUUGAGAAUUUCAAGAAAUUGUGGAUCGUCGGCGCACGCAUGAUCCAUCAAUUCGAUGAGCAAGAGAGUGACGAGGACGAAGACUCGGAGGAAGGAAGCGAUGAAGAGGGAGAGGAAGUUGAGGGGCAGCCUGCCUCUGCGAGCACCACAACUCAGCACCAAAAUGAGGAAGAUGAUGAGAGUGAAGGAGAGGAAGAAUCAGAGGAAGAGGAUGAUGACGAUGAUGAAGACGAAGAUGAAGAUGAAGACGAAGAUAACGAAUAA